GUCCUGCUGCCUACUCUACUACACAAACCUCCUGGCAGAAGCCGAUCAGCAAUCAUGUAUUGGGAGUGUGACACCUGCAGUCGCGAGUUUGGCUCCGAGCAGGCAUGUAAACAGCACAUGAACGCUCUCGGCCAUUGGGGACAGCGAUUUGAGUGUCAGACUUGCAGUUUCUCGUCGCUGCAAGAGUGGCGGACGGACGAUCACAUGGAUACAUGUGACCAUUGGCAACCACAAUUUGAGUGUGAGGCGUGCACUCGACGCUUCUGGAGUAAUGCCGAAGCAAUCUCGCACAUGAAUACUACCAGCCACUGGAGAAAGCAUUGGUGCGAGGAUUGCGAGCGAGGAUUCCAGAACGCAAACAAUUUACAACAGCAUUUGCGUGGCGCCACACAUCGAGCUGGAAGCAUCUCUUGUCCCUUCUGCAAGAAGCCUCAUACUACCGCGAGCGGCGUGGCACACCAUGUCGAGACAGGAUCUUGCCCAAAAGCACGCAAUCUGAAUCGCGAGACGGUUUACAACAUCAUCAAUUCGAGGGACACCACCGGCUUGAUCACCAACAAGCAGCUGACAUGGCGCUCCGAAGAAAACAACGAUUACGUUGCAAACGAUGCUUGCUGGAACGGCUACGCGUACGAGUGCUACUUGUGCCACAGAGACUUCGCUUCCCUGAACUCAUUGAAUCAGCACCUCAGCUCGCCACUCCACAAGCAGAAGGUCUAUCACUGCUUUGGCAGGAAGUGCGGAAAGCAAUUCUCUGCCAUAGCACAGCUAUUCAACCAUCUUGAGAGCGAGAGCUGCGGGGCUACGAGGUUCAAUCAAGUUCAGAAAGGUGUGGCAGGUAUUCUGAGUGGACGAAGAAUGAUUGCGUUCUAGAUGAAACCAAGCACUGGAGCCAAUUUUUCCACCUGGAGCAGCCUGGAAUCCUGCAUCAUCCGCUCCUCACUAUAGCUAAAGAUAUGGCGACCGCCUGAACUUGAUAUCAUCCUUUCUGAUCGAUCAAUGCUUCCGUGUAGCUAGUGCUUUGAGGUACGAGACUGCCGCGGAGACCGCUCAGAGGGCCACUAUCUCCGCCGCCGCUGCCUCCGCCAAGAGGAUUAGCACAAUCGAGGGCAUUCGUGGCGCGGAGAAGAUUUGAGGCCAGUGAGUCCCCAGGGCCGGACGAUGACCCUCCCAAUGGAGCUGGCGAAAGUCCUUUGGUUGCACCAGUACUCGCUGGUCCUGAGCUAGCACCGCUGGCAUGGCUUGCUGCACAUUGGUCCUUAAGAUCCUGCAUAGUUUCUUGAACAAUUUGGUCCUGCGGCCUUGUGUCACCGGCUGCCCGUGCAUUGGUGGCAUGCUGCUCCGCUGCAUCUUGCCUGGAAGGAAAAAGUGGAGCGGUCAGCAUAUAGUUCGGACACCGAGGCAACAUUCAAUU